AUGUCAACACAGCGAUCUGGAAGCCAGCAGGAUGCCAUCGCUAGCUUGCGGUCGGUUUUGCAGAGCUCCGGGGGCUCUGUUCCUGACGAAGAUAUGCUAGCCACUCUGCUAGAAGUGGAAGGCUGGGACGUCAUUCGCGCUGCACGCCUUGUCGAAGAAGAUACCACCGCCGAGCGCAGAAGAAGCGGUGCAGACGACGAGACCAUCGCGAGAUCCUUUGCGCAGGAUCCACAAAUUCGUGGCUCGAUGGAUUUUGAUCAAUCCGACCGAUCCGUGACGUACGACGCUUCAAGACGACCCUUGAACCACGGCUCAGGUGCUCCAAGUGGCAGACCGGGAGGAGCAGGCUUACGGCCUUACUCCCGAGGUGCUGGCGACAACAGCGGCAAUAUAGGUGUAGCUCAGAUGAUCUGGACUGCCUUAACAUUUCCGCUCUCGCUCGCUUCCAGCCUCCUGCUCUUCCUUGCCCGCAUCUUCAGGAUCCGAGCCCUGUUCCCUUCGCUGUUUAGUGGCAACAGCGGGACACGGAGUCUGGGUCGAUCCGAUCCUCAAACAUGUGCCGAAAACUUUGUGCGAGAGCUCGAAGAACAGACGGCAGCAACGACAUCGCGCUCGGUUGUGUCCACCCACGAUGCAGGAUCACGCGCACCUCCCCCAAAGAGGCUGCCCCCGUUUUUUGUCGGUGGCUACGCCGACGCGCUGCGUACGGCCAAGGAGCAGAUCAAGAUCCUCGCCAUCGUUCUCGUCAGUCGCGAGCACGGGGACGUGGAUCGCUUCAAGCAGAAUACACUGACGGACAGCGAUCUGGUGGAACUGCUCUCCAGAGACGAUUUCGUCGUAUGGGGCGGCGAUGUGCGAGAACGCGAAGCCUAUCAAGUUGCAACAACCCUUCAGGCCAGCACGUACCCGUUUGUCGCCUUUAUUGCACUUCAGCCAUCUCGUUCAGCGAACAGUGGAUCGGGAGCGUCGGUAUCGUCUUCUCCGCGCGCGGCGGUGCUCUCGAGGCUGGAAGGCUCACCGGCGUCGGCUACUUCUGCUGCCACCAUUGCCUCGCACAUCUCGGACGUGCUUCUGCCCAGGACACGCACGUAUCUGGAUCGCCUUCGAGCCGAGAAGCGUCGUCGUGAGAUGGAACGCCAGCUCCGCGCAGAGCAGGACCGCGCUUAUCAGGAAGCGAGCCGACGCGACGCCGAACGGAUCGCACAACGAAGAGAGCAAGAGCGACUCAAGGCGUUGGAAGCGAAGAGGCUUCGGGAGGAGCUAGAACAGCAAGAGCAACUGCAACGCAAGCGGCAAGCAUGGCAAAAGUGGGCUCUUGACCACCUCGUACCCGCGGAGCCUUCCUCGGCGAGCGGGUCUGUCCGGUUAAACUUCCGCCUGCCCAGCGGCAAGACGCUGACACGACGCUUCUCUCCCGCCGAUACGGUUGCGGCCGUAUAUGCUUUUGUCGAGGCGUCCGCCAUAUCGACGGAAGGUGUUGGUGCUGCCAAUACAAGUCUGAGUCAAAAGCCCGAGGGAUACGAGCACGAGUACCGCUUCAGUCUGUUCACAGGCUACCCGAGGAAACGCAUCGAAUUUUCAGAGGCGGCACGCCAGCAAUUGCAAGACGUGGAAGCGCUGGCAAAAGGGGCAAGCCUGAUUGUCGAGGGAUCCGUCAUGGGUGACGAGCCAGCUGCGACGGAUGACGAGACGGAUGAAGACGACGACGACAAAGAUGAGGACCAUGGUGGUUCCAGUUUCAGCAAGUCGCCGUAG